AUGUCCCAGCUCAAGCACCUUGACAACAGUCCUCCAACUCCAGGAAAGUUCAAGAUGGACAAGUCUCCUUACAUUCACAGGCUUCGUUGGCACGGCUCUCUUGCCAAGCUCACAUUUUGGUCUUUUAUCUUCUUGGGCUUGAUCUUGAUCUUCUUCUUCCGGUCACCGUCGUCCAAUUCUCUACCGUCCGAUCCCUCUCGCCGUUCUCUCAGAACCUACAAUUGGGGUGGACCCGCCUGGGAAAAACGGGUCAGGUCCUCGGCCCGAGUUCGGUCCCGCCACGGAAUGUCGGUUCUGGUCACUGGGGCGGCCGGGUUCGUCGGGACCCACGUCUCUGCGGCGCUCAAACGCCGAGGAGACGGCGUGCUUGGUCUGGACUGUUUCAAUGACUACUAUGACCCUUCAUUGAAGAGAGCUCGCCAAGCGCUUUUGGAGCGGUCUGGGGUGUUCAUUGUGGAAGGCGACAUCAAUGACUCUGCUUUGUUGAGUAAGCUUUUCGAGGUUGUGGCGUUUACCCAUGUGAUGCAUUUGGCUGCUCAAGCUGGUGUGAGGUAUGCCAUGGAAAACCCUGGCUCAUAUGUGCAUAGUAAUAUAGCUGGUCUUGUUAAUCUUCUUGAAGUUUGUAAAAAUGCCAAUCCACAACCUGCUAUUGUUUGGGCUAGUUCUAGUUCUGUUUAUGGACUUAAUACUAAGGUACCCUUUUCUGAGAGAGACCGGACUGACCAGCCUGCUAGUCUGUAUGCUGCUACCAAGAAGGCUGGUGAAGAAAUUGCACACACUUAUAAUCAUAUCUAUGGCCUUUCCCUUACUGGGUUGAGAUUCUUUACGGUUUAUGGUCCCUGGGGAAGGCCUGACAUGGCCUAUUUCUUUUUCACGAGGGAUAUAUUGAAGGGGAAGACCAUUCCAAUCUUUGAGGCAGCUAAUCAUGGCACAGUUGCAAGGGAUUUUACCUACAUUGAUGAUAUUGUGAAAGGCUGCUUGGCGUCAUUGGAUACUGCUGAGAAGAGUACUGGGAGUGGGGGGAAAGAAGAAGGGGCCUGCUCAAUUGCGGUUUCGGAUCUUGUGACCAUUUUGGAGAGGCUUUUGAAGGUGAAGGCCAAGAGAAAUAUAAUGAAGUUGCCUCGUAAUGGGGAUGUUCCGUUCACGCACGCAAACAUCAGUUCGGCUCAGAGGGAACUUGGGUAUAAGCCCACAACAGAUCUGCAGACAGGGUUGAAGAAAUUCGUUAGGUGGUACGUCAGCUACUAUUCUGGUGGGAAGAAGGCUUCUGGGUGA